GUGGUCUAACCUCUGGUUUGCGGAGCGGUCGGGUGUAUUCUCCGCUCGCCCCCACGCCUUCGAAGCCCCCGCCGCCCGACCCAACGGCGGAGCCAGCCAGUGGUUCCCGGGGCGCCCUCCCGCACCGAUCUCUCCUCUCUGGGGCGGGACCUGGCCCGACGGCUCCGGUCACUAUGAGUGAAGCAUCUUUCAACCUAAUAUCAGAAAAAUGUGACACUCUGUCAAUUCUUCGGGAUCAUCCUGAAAACAGGAUUUACCAGAGGAAAAUCCAGGAACUCAGCAAAAGGUUCACUGCGAUCCGCAAGACCAAGGGGGAUGGGAACUGCUUCUACCGGGCCUUGGGCUACUCCUACCUGGAAUCUCUGCUGGGGAAGAGCAGGGAGAUACUCAAGUUCAAAGAGCGUGUACUGCAGACCCCAAACGACCUUCUGGCUGCUGGCUUCGAGGAGCACAAGUUCCAAAACUUCUUUAAUGCUUUUUACAGUGUGGUAGAGCUCGUGGAGAAGGACAGCUCCGUGUCCAGCCUGCUGAAGGUGUUCAACGACCAGAGCUCCUCGGACCAAAUCGUGCAGUUCCUGCGCCUGCUCACAUCAGCCUUCAUCAGGAACCGCGGAGACUUCUUCCGACAUUUCAUCGAUGAGGAGAUGGACAUCAAAGACUUCUGCACUCAUGAAGUAGAGCCCAUGGCCACGGAGUGUGACCACAUCCAGAUCACGGCCCUGUCCCAGGCACUGAACAUUGCCCUGCAGGUGGAGUAUGUGGACGAAAUGGACACGGCCCUGAACCACCACGUGUUCCCCGAGUGUGCCGUCCCUUCCGUUUACCUGCUCUAUAAAACGUCCCACUACAACAUCCUUUAUACAGCCGAUAAACGUUGAUUAAUUUUAGACCAUGCAGUGGAGCCUGUCACCUAAUGGGACUGCGUUUUUUCUUUUUUUUUUUUUU